GUGUAACAACGAAAACGAAUGGUGCCAGAUCCAUGAAAAUAUUAUUCGCAAGUCCAGCACCAAAUACACAGCACCCAGCUCAAACUAUGGACUUAUAAUAUCUCUUCAGCUUCUUCGCGGUGACAUGGAGCAGAUUCGAAGGGAAAACCCCAUGAUCUUUAACAGAGGGGUUUCUGUCACCCGGAAGCUGGGUUUUCCUGAUGUUAUCAUGCCAGGUGAUAUACGUAAUGACUUAUACCUGACAUUAGAAAAGGGAGACUUUGAGAGAGGUGGGAAAAGCGUACAGAAGAACAUUGAAGUGACCAUGUAUGUGCUCUAUGCAGAUGGAGAAAUCUUGAAGGACUGCAUCAGCCUGGGCUCUGGAGAGCCAAGCAGGAGUGCAUACCACUCUUUUGUCCUUUACCACAAUAACAGCCCUCGAUGGGGGGAAAUCAUCAAGUUGCCCAUCCCUAUAGACAGGUUCCGUGGGUCUCACCUCCGGUUUGAGUUCAGACAUUGCUCCACAAAAGACAAGGGAGAAAAGAAGCUCUUUGGUUUUGCAUUCACUCCAUUGAUGAGAGAUGAUGGCACGACCUUGUCUGAUGAUAUCCAUGAGCUUUAUGUUUAUAAGUGUGAUGAGAACAGCACUUUCAACAAUCAUGCACUGUACCUGGGGCUGCCUUGCUGCAAAGAGGACUACAAUGGCUGCCCCAACAUCCCUUCCAGCCUCAUUUUCCAGCGCAGCACCAAAGAGACCUUUUCAGUCUCCACACAGCUUUCCUCUACCAAACUGACCCAGAAUGUGGAUUUGCUUGCCCUACUGAAAUGGAAAGCUUACCCAGAUCGUGUGAUGGAUAUUCUAGGAAGACUGAGACAUGUCAGUGGCGAGGAAAUUGUUAAGUUCCUACAAGAUAUUCUCGACACGUUGUUUGUAGUUUUGGAUGACAACACAGAAAAGUAUGGUCUGCUGGUCUUUCAGUCUUUGGUAUUCAUCAUAAAUCUGCUGCGUGACAGCAAGUAUUUUCAUUUUCGACCUGUGAUGGACACUUACAUUCAGAAGCACUUUGCAGGAGCACUGGCUUACAAAGAGCUGAUCCGAUGUCUGAAGUGGUACAUGGACCGUUCAGCUGAGCUUGUACGCCAAGACCACAUCCAGGAAGCAAUGAGGGCCUUGGAAUAUCUUUUCAAGUUCAUUGUCCAAUCUCGGAUCCUUUACUCCAGAGCUACUUGUGGAAUGGAGGAGGAACAGUUCCGCUCCAGCAUCCAGGAGCUUUUCCAGUCCAUCAGAUUUGUGCUCAGCUUGGACAGCAGGAGCUCCGAGACUCUCAUCUUCACACAGGCUGCUUUGCUGAACUCCUUCCCCGCUAUCUUUGAUGAGCUGUUGCAGAUGUUCACUGUGCAGGAAGUAGCAGAGUUUGUGAGGGGUACUCUGGGCAGCAUGCCCAGUACAGUACACAUUGGGCAAUCAAUGGAUGUGGUUAAGCUACAAUCUAUUGCACGCACUGUUGACAGCCGCCUGUUCUCUUUCUCAGAGUCACGACGCAUCCUGCUACCUGUAGUUCUUCACCAUAUUCACCUUCACCUACGACAGCAGAAGGAGCUGCUCAUCUGCUCUGGGAUACUCAGUAGUAUCUUCUCCAUAAUCAAGACCAGCUCUUUGGAGGGAGAUGUCGUGGAGGAGGUUGAGAUGAUGGUGGAGAGCCUCCUGGAUGUGCUUUUACAAACUCUGCUUACAAUCAUGAGUAAAUCGCAGUCUCAGGAGGCGGUAAGAGGGCAGCGUUGCCCGCAGUGCACAGCAGAAAUCACUGGAGAAUAUGUCUCCUGCCUUUUAUCUUUGCUUCGUCAGAUGUCAGACACUCAUUUCCAGCACUUACUGGACAACUUCCAAAGCAAGGAUGAACUAAAG